AUGGCUCUUGAAUACUACUUGAAGAAACCGACUGCAAAUACAUACUAUUACUCUCAAAUGGCACUAUACGGUCAGACAAAAGCGUACCUCAUCACCUUUCAAAGAAUCAUUUCAGGGCUUCCAUUUGGCUCAAUCUUCUACCACACUGACAUGGCAGGAGACCAGAGUCCAAUCAAAGCCACUUUUGCUCCCCGCAUAUUACCCAGUCUGCGUCCUUUACAACAACACAUGAUAGAGGAUCAAAAGCUCGUCUCGACCUGGACAAGCCGUAGUUUUGCUUGA